CUGUAUAAGUGAUCUUUCAGGAGCACCGAUCGUUUCAUGCAGGUCAUUGGUGAUCGUGAAUGGUGGAAAUUGUUUCAUAAUUCCAAACACCGUCCGUUCGAUUGGUGUCAAUCUAAUUAGCCCACGGUGGCCGUAGCGUAGCGUGGGAGGCUAAUUAAUUAAUUAGAUUUGUCUUUGCGUCCCGGCAACAAUUAUGUAAGCGUACCCAGUCAGCAUGUGACCGCGAUCCGCGCACCCCACCCGGAUACGAUAUAGCAACGAAAGAAGAAGGAAACGUACAACGACAACGCGUGUGUGCGCGGGUGUGUGCCCUACGAUGCUUCCGAGGAUUUGUGUGAAAUUCAAGCUCAAGUAUGUCCUGGCCACCGUCGGCAGUCUGUACAUGCUGUACUUCUUCGGUGCCUUCACACACUUCUUCGAGAAGGACUUCGAGGCAACGUUCGACUACCCGCUGAACGGUGACAUCCUGUCGGAUGUGUAUCAGUUGCGCCAUGGCCAGCAACCAGCCCGACACCCGAUCAAUCGCUACAACUACACCUACAUCACGGACUGUGAGCACAAGUGCAAGGAGGACGACCGGCUGAUGGCUCCGCGGCUCGUGUUCAUCGUAAAGUCCGCCAUUGAGCACUUUGAUCGCCGUGCGGCGAUACGCAAGACGUGGGGCUACGAACGACGGUUCUCGGAUGUGAAGAUAAGGACCGUGUUUGUGCUGGGCCGAUCGCGGAUCGAGCCGAACCGACGGCUACAGUCGCUGGUCGAUCUCGAGUACAGCACGUACCGAGACAUCAUUCAGGCCGAUUUCAUCGACGAGUACUUCAACAAUACGAUCAAAACGAUGAUGGGCUUUCGGUGGGCGGUCACCUACUGUCCGAGGGCAAAGUUUUACAUGUUUGCUGACGACGACUUCUACGUGUCGGCUAAAAAUCUUCUAAGGUACGUUCGGAACCCGGUCAACUAUCCCGAGUAUCUGGAGGAGACCGACGAAGCACUGCGUAAGCUGGCGCGACGGUUAGCUCACACGACGGACAACAGCAGUGCAAGUGUGGAAGCAGAGCACCGGUCAAAAGAUCGCACCAAGAGACAGCUCAUGACGGAAAUGGAGCUGCCGCCCAACGUGAAGCUGUUCUCGGGGUUCGUGUUCCGUUCGGCACCGCACCGCCACCGGAGCAGCAAGUGGUACGUUUCGCUUGACGAGUACCCGUGGGAUAUGUGGCCAACGUACGUAACGGCCGGUGCAUUUUUGCUCUCUCAUGAGGCCCUCUUCGAGAUGUACUACGUCAGUAUGUACACGAAACAUUUUCGGUUUGACGAUAUCUUUCUAGGAAUUGUUGCCAUGAAGGCGGGAAUUGAGCCGCUCCACUCGGAGGAAUUCUACUUCCAUAAGGCUCCUUAUCUGGGGCCACAAAGCUACAAGUACGUGCUGGCAACGCACGGCUACGACGACUUGACUGAGCUGACCAAAGUGUGGAACGAGGUGCGAGCUGCCGGAUACGCGUAGAAACAACCGACAUCGAACGUAACUGUGCCCCGAGCGUUGGAUUUGAAGUGCGAGAAGACUAUAGGAAGGGAAGAUACCGUUACCAGCGAGAUUCCGGUGUUUGUUAGUUAGUUAGUGGUUUAUGACGUUUUUUCCCACCUUAUGAAAAAAGCGGGUCCAAAGAGCAGCGGUGGGUGGCCCACGGUUUUCACGGUUGCCCCAACUUUCACAAGUCAGCGGACGGAGUGAAUGUAGCGUAGUGAUUGUGACACAUGGAGCGAUGUCGGUAGGGAUUGAAAUUGGUCGUGUACUCGAAACUAGAUCAGUAGAAGCGUUCAUUUUUCUAGCUCGUUCCGGCCCCCCGUGAUAGGUAUAUUCAGGUAGUGCAACGAAAAUCGUCGUUUUUCAAUUGAUUAGAACUUAUGAAAACAUACUAAGGUAGUCGGGUUGGGUUUUACUCGAGGCAGUGUUUUUUGCUCGUAUUUAUCUUUCCUAUACCGAAAUGUGAUAGUAUGCAGUGGAAAAUAAUAAAACUAAAUCUAA